CAUUGUAGGAGAGAUAGGGAGCGUGUGAGCUGGCAUGGUUCUCCUUCAACACCUAUGUUACCGUAUUUCAUGUAAAGACCCUCCUAGUGUGUGAUUUUAUCUUCCAUUUCUGUCGGAUUUCCAGCAUCCCAUAGUGGGGAUACUCCGGAUUCAGGUUAAUCCACAAAGGAGCUCACAGUUUUGUUCACUAAACAGAAACGGAGAAUAAUCUGUCUGUAAAACAUGUCUGUCCGGGAGUCCUUCAAUCCAGAGAGUUAUGAGCUUGACAAAAACUUCCGCCUGACUCGCUUCGCAGAGCUUAAGGGUACCGGUUGCAAAGUCCCUCAAGAUGUGCUUCAAAAACUGCUGGAGUCCUUGCAAGAGAAUCACUUCCAGGAAGAUGAGCAGUUUCUUGGGGCAGUUAUGCCAAGGUUGGGUAUUGGUAUGGACACAUGCGUUAUCCCCUUAAGACACGGUGGCCUUUCUCUGGUUCAGACUACAGACUACAUUUAUCCUAUUGUAGAUGAUCCUUAUAUGAUGGGGCGAAUAGCCUGUGCAAAUGUAUUGAGUGACCUAUAUGCAAUGGGGGUAACUGAAUGUGACAACAUGUUGAUGCUUCUCGGUGUCAGUAAUAAACUAACUGAUCGGGAAAGAGACAAGGUGAUGCCUCUUAUCAUUCAGGGCUUCAAGGAUGCUGCAGAAGAAGCUGGGACUUCUGUUACGGGAGGCCAGACCGUAUUAAAUCCAUGGGUGGUUCUAGGAGGAGUUGCCACAACUGUGUGUCAGCCUAAUGAGUUCAUCAUGCCAGACAAUGCAGUACCUGGGGAUGUCCUUGUAUUAACCAAGCCUUUAGGAACUCAAGUUGCAGUAGCAGUUCAUCAAUGGCUAGAUAUUCCAGAAAAGUGGAAUAAAAUAAAACUGGUCGUCACCCAAGAAGAUGUGGAGUUGGCAUAUCAGGAGGCCAUGAUGAACAUGGCACGGCUAAACAGAACGGCUGCCGGUCUCAUGCACACAUUUAACGCACAUGCUGCUACUGAUAUAACAGGUUUCGGGAUUUUAGGACAUGCACAAAACCUGGCCAAACAGCAGAGGAAUGAGGUUUCCUUCGUCAUUCAUAACCUUCCUGUCUUAGCCAAAAUGGCUGCUGUUAGCAAGGCGUGUGGAAAUAUGUUUGGUCUUAUGCAUGGAUCUUGCCCUGAGACAUCAGGAGGUCUCCUAAUCUGUCUACCGCGAGAGCAGGCCGCACGGUUUUGUGCCGAAAUCAAGUCCCCAAAGUAUGGAGAAGGACAUCAAGCAUGGAUCAUUGGAAUUGUAGAAAAGGGCAACCGCACUGCCAGAAUCAUAGAUAAGCCACGAAUCAUAGAAGUUGCCCCCCAAAUUGCUACUCAAAAUGUAAACCCAACGCCUGGCGCCACCUCUUAAUUUAGGCUUACCUAGCUUUUUUUUUUUGUUUUGUUU